AUGCUUUGCAAUAGACAACGGAACAGAAUUUCAGAUCGUUUUGUACAUUAUGUGUGUGGACGUACUGUACCAAGAUUCGAUAUGCGCGAUAAAGAUGGCAUUAUAUUCGAUCCAAUAGCGCCCAGAUCCGGAGAACGUUUUAUAGCCAAAUGUAGUCUCGUUGGAUUAACAGAUGAUGAUAAAAGAUCAGUCUGUAUUUUGAUCAAGUUUUAUUUGGCCACAGAUGAUCAAGUAUUUCAAUUUUAUCAACCAAAACAACGUUUAUUUGCUGAACAUGAAUUAGAUAGUAAUAAUUGGUAUUUAAUAUUUGACCCAUUAGAUCGGGAAGAUUAUGGUGAUUUAACAUGCAUGUUAGCUGAUACUGGUUACAAUACGAGUGUAUUUUUGACACGACGAUUGAUUGUUUACAGUGAACCGCUUGUUGUACAAUCUUCAACAAAAGAUAUUGAAAUAUCCGAAGGUGAUAAUGUUGUUUUACAGUGUAUAGCACAAGGUCAACCAACGCCUCAAAUACAAUGGAUGAAAGCAGACGCAUCACCUCUUCCAGAUGGAAAUAUUCGAACAAUUGGAGCUGUUGAGCUAGCAAUUAAUGAUAUUAAACGACAAGAUCGUGGCAUAUAUAAAUGUUUGGCUGUUAAUCUAGUUGGUUUUGGAGAUACAUGGACAUUAAAGCUGAACGUGAAAUUUCCGCCCUACAUACAUUGUCCCUAUCCAGAAGUUGGCCAAGCUGUUAAUUUUAUGGUCGAUGUUUAUAUAGAAUGUUACGUUCAUGGUUACCCUACACCACGUAUUACUUGGUAUAAAAACGAUUUUGGCGGUAUAAUAACAGAUCAGACAACCGUCGAUGUAUUAAGACCCAUAUGGAACUCUUACAAAUAUAAAAUCGAAGCAACAAUUCCUGAACCAAAUGUUUGUACAGAUUGUAUUUUAUCAAGAUUAACCGUCAUUAACGUCGAAGCUGGAGAUCUUGGACUGUAUGUCGUUAAUGCAACAACUAAUGAUAAACCAUAUUAUACAGCUAUUGAUACUGUCUCCAUUUACGAUGGUAAACCUGAUGAUGAUGCAGAUUCGGAAGGCGAGCGAGACGAAGAAGGGGAAGAAAGCGAAGAAAAGGAGAAUGAUAUUGAGGAUCGUGGUAGUGUUACUGGUUAA